CCGUCAACCAUGUAGGCCCAAAGUUAUGAGGAAGAGAUACACCCACAAAGGAGGGACAUCGGCGCUAGAACACAGAACGCCUAUGAAUGGGUCCCAAAGCGGCCCCUUGUGUUGCCGAACACGUACUCGUUGUACGUUCUACGUGGAGGGGGCGGGGACGCCUCGGUAAUUACCCAACGUCGCCCAAGUUACAGGGCAACGCCAUUGUUCUACAUCACCUGUCAUCAUCUUCCGUCAUUGAGAGCUCCAUCAUCCUCCCUACAUUAGCUCUCUAUUCGAGGGCAAUCAUAGAUCAAAGCUAUCGUUUUUAAUACAUCUGGCCUUGCAUUAGAAGAAAAAUUAACUUCUUUACCGUUACGGAGCAAAAAGAAUUGAAAUUAUACAUGAUAGGCC